CAGGCAUUCCCUAAGACAGCUAUCAAAUCAAAGACAGCUAUUAAGUUUACGACUUUAUUCUCGAAUUUUCACCUUAUUUUAGUGCUCCGUUGUAACAGGCAUUCCCUAAGACAGCUAUGAAAUUAUCAAAUCAAAGACAGCUAUGAAAUUUACGACUUUAUUCUCGAAUUUUCACCUUAUUUUAGUGUUCCGUUGUAACAGGCAUUCCCUAAGACAGCUAUGAAAUUAUCAAAUCAAAGACAGCUAUUAAAUUUACGACUUUAUUCUCGAAUUUUCAUUUUAUUUUUAGUGCUCCGUUGUAACAGGCAUUCCCUAAGACAGCUAUGAAAUUAUCAAAUCAAAGACAGCUAUUACAUUUACGACUUUAUUCUUGACAUUUCAUCUUAUUUUAGUGUUCCGUUGUGACAGGCAUGGCCAAAGACAGCUAGUUUGUGUGACUAUUGGCCUUGAGCAAGUGUAGUUUUUUUUUUUCUUUUAAAUUUACGGCUUUAUUCUCGAAAUCUCAGAUAUUUUCCAAUGUGGCCCCUAAUACUUUGUUGUAUAUAAAGGUAUCCUCGGGUUUGUAGACUGGCAAGACCAAGCAAAAGCAACAGGGGGCGCCAUUUCCUCUGACGAUAGAGAUUGGCACACUGGCCCCGCCCGAUUACAACUACCCUGUACCAGAGGCCUCCUUGGAGCAGGAGGGCCAAGAGGAGGAGGAGGAAGAGGAGCUCCCCCUGAUGCCUCAGCUCAUUCCUCAGGGCUCAGGAGGAUCCGGAGUUCUGAUGGGCCCGGACACACAGAAAGAGGUGGAGCUGCGUCUGACGCCCAUUGACAUCCUUCCUGUCUCCGGGGAUUUUGGGGGCUCAGUGGGUUCUGGUGUCUCGGGAGCCUCGGGGGUUUCCGGGUCAGGAGGCUCAGGGGACCCGCUGGUCUCAGGCGCCUCCGGGGGCUCUGGAGAUAUAGUUUUCGUCUCUGGGGCUUCUGAGGAGAUCCUGAGCAGCUCUGGAGAAUCAGGGCAGUUCUUGGUAUCCGGGGAUGUGGACUACUUGAUAUCAGGGGAGGUCUCUGGAUCAGGGGACCUCCUGAUUUCUGGGGAUGUCUCUGGCUCAGGGGAUAUCCUAAUAUCUGGGGAUUUUUCCAGUUCUGGGGAUCUCUUGAUAUCAGGAGAUCUCUCCGGAUCGGGAGAUCUCUUCAUAUCUGGGAUGGGGUCUGCAACUUCUGGAGCCUCCGGAGAUUUCACCUCUGGGGGAUCUGGAAUUGUAAUGGAACUGGGAUCCGGGGUGUCCGGUUUUGCCCCUGGAGGGUCUGGUGACCAGUCUGGUUCUGGGUUCUCGGGAGAUCUCCUGACCUCAGGUGCCUCGGGAGGCUCUGGGGUUUCUGGGGACACUGAUGAGUCUGGGGUCUCAGGGAUAACAUUAUUACCUGGAGAGGAGGAGCUGCCGCUCCUUCCUACAACUAUCCCACAAGAGGCAUCAGGUGCUUCUGGGGAAUUCCCAGGAGUUUCAGGAACCUCAGGGGAUCUGGGAGUCUCUGGAGACAUAGAGGUCUCUGGAGCCUCUGGAACUUCCGGUGUCUCUGGCUCCGGAGACACCGAGGAGCCUGGUAUAACUCUGAUCCCUGACACUGAGAAAGAGGAGGGGCUGCUUCCCACACAAGAGACCCCUCAGGAGGGUACUGGUAGUGUCGAGGAGACACCGGGUUCUGGUACUCCAGAGCCGGAUGAACCUGAAGAACCUGAAAUUGACCGUACAGGUAUGCCCACAUGCUUGCUGUGCACAUGCCUCGGCGGGUCGGUUUACUGCGACGACUUAAAACUGGACAGCGUUCCACCUCUGCCCAAGGACACCACCCACUUCUACGCCCGCUACAACCGAAUCACCAAAAUCAACAAGUCGGACUUUGCCUCCAUGAACAAGCUCAAGAGGAUCGACCUGACAGCCAACGAGAUCACGUCUGUUGACAACAAGGCGUUUAUGGGUCUGCCCGAACUGGAGGAGCUGGUGAUUCGGGAAAAUCACAUCUCGCAGCUGCCCGCCCUGCCGGAGACCAUGACACUGAUUGACGCCAGUCACAACAACAUCGAGUCCAAGGGGAUUGUCAAAGAGGCCUUUAAGGACAUGACCGGACUCCUGUACCUGUACCUGACAGACAACAAUAUUGAUUACAUCCCUGUUCCUCUGCCGGACAGUCUGAGAUCUCUACAUCUACAGCGUAACAACAUCCAAUCGAUGCACGACGACACAUUUUGCAACCUGCACGACUUUAACUACAUCCGGAACUCACUGGAGGACAUCCGUCUGGACGGCAACCCCAUCAACCUGAGCCGAACCCCGCAGGCUUACAUUUGCCUGCCCCGCAUCCCCGUCGGGGACCUCAUUUAAUGACCACGACGAGCAUGACUUACACGCACGCGUCCUUGUACAUACACAUGCAUAUAUGUUGACCCACCACGUACACGAGCAUGCGGACACGCGCACAUCACCCAUUACCACUCUGCGUGGAUAUUUCGUGUACCAGAGGAGGUCUUCACGGUCCAUAAACGCGUGUCGUGAGUGAUCAUGCACACACACACACAUACACACAAACAAAAAAAACUGUUCCACAACUUGAAUUAGGAGUAAAAAAAACAAAAAAAGCAAACCCUCAAAUGAAUGUUUCUGUCUGGUGUCUGCUCACAACCGCUCAUUUUUUUUGUUUAAAUAUUGUUUGUUUUUGUAAAGAUUAAAAUAUAAAUAUUAUAAAAUAAAUUACGAAUUGAAGGCCGGAGCUUUAUGGAAGGUCCCGUUUGAGUAUCUUAAUGCAAUAAAAGACGCAUUUUAAACACAAAUCAUUGUUGUAAAGUUUGUACUGUACUGUACUGUAACUUCAUUUCUAGAUCAGGGGUGUCCACAAUGCAGCCUGGGGGCCAUUCGCAGGCCGCGGCUUUUGUUUCAUUCAUCUGCGGAAUAGUAGAAAUUAAAUUGAACCAAAAAAAAAAACAGCAAAAGUCGAUCAACAUAAAGACAAAAUGCUGAAAUGUUGAUACUAAUAACUAGAAAAAAUUGAUCAUAACACUAAAUUAAUUAGUGAUUCACACGACAAAUGAAAAUUAACUCGAUUAUUUUGUCGACCCCCGUACGUUGCGUAUGAGCAUGCAUGUCUGUUUUCCUCAUCUCUUGCCUUCUACUAAUUACGCAGAAAGAGAGUUCACUCUGGGCAUUGGUUCAGCACCUAGAACAGAGUGAGGCCUCUUGUCUGUCAAACAGUUGCUUUGUCUUUGUGGGGAGAGACGGGGCCGCUAGCACACACACACACACAAACAAACAGCAAGGCAGCCUCAUGAGGAGCAAUGCAAGGUAAUGUACUUAAAAUCGGCAUAAUACGUAAUAAAUAAUAAGUAUGCCAAAUUUGUUCUAAUUUACGUAAAAAUCUCACAUGGACCCAAUAUUGUGCAUCGUCUUUUGUCAUGAGUCAUGAGACUAAUAACUAAUAAUGAUUAUGAUUUUUUUUUUUUAAAUCCUUUUGCAGCCACGGUGGAAAGUGUUUGGACACCCCCGGUCUAGAGAAUUGUUGAAUUAUUUGGGAGGAGAGAUGUGAAUAACAAUGCUAACAGCUUGCUAUUGUGUGCUC